AUGUCGGAGGGAGAGCUUUCAUUAAUGCUUAACACAGAGCAAAUGGCCAAGGCUCAGCAUGACAAGGGAGCCAUUCCACCCAGUGUGCUGUCCCAUGUGCUGUCUCCUGAUCCCAGUGUGCUGUCCCAGUGUCUGUGCUGUCUCCUGAUCCCAUGUGCUCUCUCUGUGCUGUCUCCUGAUCCCAGUGUUCCCCCAGUUGUGCUGUCUCUUGUUCCCGGUGUGCUGUCUCCUGAUCCCAGUGUGCUGUCUCCUGAUCCCAGUGUGCUUUCUCUUGUUCCCAGUUGUGCUUUCUCUGUGUUCCCCCAUGUGCUGUCUCUUGUUCCCAGCGUGCUGUCUCCUGAUCCCAGUGUGCUGUCUCCUGAUCCCAUGUGCUGUCUCCUGAUCCCAUGUGCCCAGUUGCUCUCUUGUUCCCAUGUGCUGUCUCUUGUUCCCGGUGUGCUGUCUCCUGAUCCCAGUGUGCUGUCUCCUGAUCCCAUGUGCUGUCUCCUGAUCCCAUGUGCUGUCUCCCAUGUGCUCCCAUGUGCUGUCUCCCAGUGUGCUUGUUCCCAGUUGUGCUGUCUCCUGAUCCCAUGUGCUGUCUCUCCCAGUGUGUUCCCCCAGUGUGCUGUCUCUCCCAGUGUGUUCCCCCAUGUGCUCUCUUGUGUGCCCAGUGUGCUGUCUCCCCAGUGUGCUGUCUCCUGUUCCCAUGUGCUGUCUGUUGUGCUGUCUCCCCCAUGUGCUGUCUCCCAUGUGCUGUCCCAUUGCUUCCCAUGUGCUGUCAUCCCAUGUGCUGUCUCCUGUUCCAAGUGUGCUGUCUCCUGUGCCAAUUUGCUCUCCUCAACCUAG